CAGGAAAGACAGUCACUUGAUUAUGUUUUGAGAAAGCAAGUGAACAGAUCCAAGCGGAGGUUCGUUUCUCAGCUGCGACCUGGUUUCUAUUCGACAUAUUCUUCUCAUUUUCGUAUGUACGUCCAUGUUGGAACAUUUAUGAUAACUAUUUGCGGCGCAAAAAGUUAGUACUUGUAUUAGCCUAACUUUUAUUUACCAUCCAUCCUACAGGAGGAGCCGCGAUUAGGUUCAACACCUUUAGCCAUGCUGGCUGCGACGUGCAACAAGAUCGGGUGCCCUUCUCCAUCCGCGAUCUCGGAUAACACGACGUCCUUCGGUAAGGGAUUUCACCCGUGGAAGCGCGCCACGGCGAGCAGCUGCAGUCUGGGCUCGGGUUUAUCCUCCAGUUUCGGCGUGACCAGAAACAGCGGCGCUCUGACGGACUCGUUCGGUACGAGUGGCACAUCGGCGUCCAGCGCAUUCUCAUUGACACCAGGCGCCUCCUCCAAUUCCCAUCUCGGCAACGACUACCCCGUGUUCCAGCCCCCGGCGUCGAGCGCCUCACAGGAAACCGGUCAUCAGCCCGUUUUUAUCUCCAAAGUGCACGCCAGCGUGGACGGCUUACAAGGCAUCUACCCACGCAUGAGCGUUGCGCACCCUUACGAAUCGUGGUUCAAGUCGUCGCACGCAGGGCUGCCGACGGGCGAUGUUGGGACCACGAGCGCUUCCGCCUGGUGGGACGUUGGCGCGGGAUGGAUUGAUGUUCAGAACGCCAACGGCGCCGCUGCGUUGCAGACACCGCUGCACUCAGGAGGACUCCAAUCGUCUUUGCAUUCGCCGCUGGGAGGCUACAACUCGGACUACUCCGGUUUGAGUCACUCUGCUUUUAGCACAAGUGCGUCGCCACACCUGCUGACCGGCGGCCAGCACAUCAUGGACGGCUUUAAGCCCGUACUCUCGUCCUACCCGGACUCGAGCCCAUCUCCUCUGGGCGGCGCAGGAGGUGCCAUGCUGAGUGCCGCCCCGUCUGCUUCACUUGCGGGUUCACCCAGGUCCUCAGCGCGCCGCUACUCGGGCCGUGCCACGUGUGACUGUCCUAACUGCCAGGAGGCAGAACGCUUGGGCCCUGCGGGUGCGAGCUUGCGCCGUAAAGGCCUUCACAGCUGCCACAUUCCCGGGUGUGGCAAGGUGUAUGGCAAGACGUCGCACCUAAAGGCGCAUCUGCGGUGGCACACGGGCGAGCGGCCUUUCGUGUGCAACUGGCUCUUCUGUGGCAAGCGCUUCACGCGCUCCGACGAGCUCCAGCGGCACCUGCGCACGCACACGGGCGAGAAGCGCUUCGCGUGCCCCGUGUGCAACAAGCGCUUCAUGCGUAGUGACCACCUGAGCAAGCACGUGAAGACACACAGUGCAGGCGGCUCUGCGAGCUCUGGCUCGGGUGGCAGCGGCGGCAAAAGGGGCAGUGACACAGACAGCGAGCACAGCGGGCCUGGCAGCCCUUCAUGCAAUUCCCCCGACCUGCUGCAACCCGCCGAGGCACUUCCUCCGAGUAUGAACGGCCGCGCCAACUCCCUCGAUUAAACUGCUUAAAUUACUGGAUUAGAAGCGGCAGGGUUAGUGACCUUCACGAUCAAGGUCCUGACGCGUACCAAGAAAUCCGAGGAGCCAGCUUCACUCCGACGUUAUCAGUAAAUAAAGUUGAUAACAAAGUCAGCAUGGGUUCGGACAAAUUCUGUGACGCAGUUGCAGAAAAGAAGAGACAUUUUUGAGGAAAAUCUGGGCACAAGACGAAUUUGCUCCAAAGGCCAUUUUUAACGGAUUUAACGGAUAAAGCUGAAUUCGUUAAAUCUAAGUUUUGAAAUGUCAAUCAGUAAAAGGGCCAGCGAUGUUUCGCUUCUGUUCUGUUUCCUCAAAAUAAAACAGUGGCACUUUAUUCAUGAAUUCACGUGUGGCAACAGUAAUUAAAACACGCUGUAAAGUUGCCAAGUCUUUUGUUUAAAAUAAGUUCUUUAAUAUUGGAAAAAAGCAUAGCAUAUAAGUCGCACAUUGGUCUUUAUUCAGGAAGAAUACAAAAGUUGACAAUAUUUGUAAGAAAUGUACUUAUUUGCUAUUGCCGAGGAACGAAUGUACAUAUUGAAACUGUAUAGAAUAGUUUAGAGGAUUAUUACAUACCUGUGUAAAAGUUUGGGUAACGUAUUGUCCAGGAUUCAAUUUUGUAUAGUAGAUAUUUUAGUUGCAUAUUGACUCUAGUAAAUCUAUGAAAUUGUAUGGGAGUGCAUUUUUGUCAAUACGUCAUAUUUAUCCAUAAAUUGAACGUUUUCUUUUUAACUGGACCUUUAUUUUGUAAUCUAACAGAUACGCACCUAUUAACUGUAAAACUAAGAAAUCGAAAUGAAUUCGGUGUUAAAUCGAAUUCGAUCAUUUAUGUCAGCAUGCACAUGUGAGAGAAACGCUGGUUUCUAUACC